AUGAACUCACGUUACGAGGUUAGUAGUAAAUCUAAGCGUGAAUAUCAGUAUGAGAAUAGACAAAGAAAAAGUAAAUAUGACUCAAAAUAUGCAUGUAGAAUAGCUUAUGAUAAAAAAGUUAUUUUAGAUAAUAAAGAGUGUGAUCUUUCUCAAGGAAUUUCUGGGAAAAAUUGUGAAGAUUUUUAUUUCAGUAAAUACAAACAUGAAUUGAAUAAAGUAUUCUCAGGGAAUUUAAAUGUAGUACAGGAUACUGAGGAUUUUUGGAAAUUUGUUAAUAAAUAUGAAGCUGUACAAAAGAAACUAAACACUCCUGAUAUUUCACCUACUUUUACAUUAAAUACCAUUGGUAUACCAGCAACAUACCACAAAUUGCACUGUAUAAAUUUUAAAUUGAGUUUUAAUUUCAAUGAAUUAUUUGCACGUGUUUCACCAAUUGAAAUAUUAACAAAAGAACGAUUAUUGAAGUUUCAAAACAUAAUUACCUUAUACUUGGAUUUUAAGCAAAAAGAAAAAUUUGCUAAAUUAAAGAAACUUAGGGAAUCACAAACAAAUCUGCCAGUUUAUCAACAUAAGUCUGAGAUUAUUGAAACAGUAAAAAAUGAACAAGUAGUUAUCAUAGCUGGUGACACUGGUUGUGGAAAAUCCACACAAGUACCUCAAUAUUUAUAUCGAGCAGGCUUUCAAAAAAUUGCUUGCACACAGCCAAGAAGAAUAGCUUGUAUAUCUUUAGCAAAGCGUGUUGCUUUUGAAACACUAACAGAAAAUCACAAUCAUGUGGGUUAUCAAAUUCGUUUUGAAAAACAAAGAAAUCAAGAUACCAAAAUUACAUUUAUAACAGAAGGUCUUUUGUUAAGACAGUUAUCUGGAGAAUCUGGAUUGUUACCUUAUGAUGUAAUUGUUUUGGAUGAAGUGCAUGAACGUCAUUUACAUGGAGAUUUUCUCCUUGGUAUUAUGAAGUGUAUUAUUAAUCAAAAUCCUGAUCUAAAACUAGUGCUUAUGUCUGCUACUAUUAAUAUUGAACUUUUUAACAAUUAUUUUGCAAAAGAAGAUGUUAAAACUAUACAGGUUCCUGGAAGAUUGUAUCCUAUUCAAUUAUUGUAUAGACCUGUUACUAUAGAAGAUAUCCGUUAUAAAAAUGAUAGAUUUAAUCCAAGUCCUUACAUUCAAAUAAUGCAAAUGAUUGAUCAAAAAUAUCCUGCUGAUGAAAAAGGAGAUCUAUUAAUAUUUUUAAGUGGGAUGAGUGAAAUUACUGCAGUUGUAGAUGCAGCAAAAGAAUACAGCCAAAAGAAAAAUAAUUGGAUUGUCCUACCUCUUCAUAGCACUCUAGCUAUUAGUGAACAAGAUAAAGUAUUUGAUUAUGCUCCUGAAGGAGUUAGAAAAUGUAUUGUAUCAACUAAUAUUGCUGAAACAUCUAUUACUAUUGAUGGAAUUAGAUUUGUUGCUGAUAGUGGAAAGGUAAAAGAAAUGAGUUAUGAUCCAUCAUGCAAAAUGCAACGACUCAAGGAAUUCUGGAUUAGCAAAGCUAGUGCAGAACAACGGAAAGGACGAGCUGGUAGAACUGGACCCGGAGUAUGUUAUAGGUUGUAUUCAGAAGAAGAAUAUGUGGCUUUAGAAAAGUAUUCCACUCCAGAAUUACAACGUGUACCUUUAGAUUCUUUACUUUUACAAAUGAUAGCAAUGGGACUGCCAGAUGCACGAAAAUUUCCAUUCAUAGAACCACCUCCAGCAGAAAGCAUAGAAAAUUCUAUAUUAUCUUUGAAAGAACAUGAUGCCCUAACAGAUAAUGAAAAAAUAACAUGUAUCGGGAAAACACUUGCACGUCUACCUGUUGAUAUAACAAUAGGAAAAAUGUUAAUAAUGGGUUCUAUUUUCCAUCAAGUAGAACCAGUACUGUCAUUAGCUGCAGCCUUAAGCAUACAAACACCAUUCACGAAUAGAGCAUACAGGGAUUCAGAAUGCGAGACCUCUAGGAAAAAAUUAGAGUCUGAUCAUGGUGAUCCAAUAACAUUGCUGAACGCAUUUAGAGAAUGGUUAGAAGUAAAACAACAAAAUUCCCAAGAAUCGAGAAGUAGUGGAAGUAGCAGUAGAAAAUGGUGUAAACGAAGAGGUUUGGAAGAGCAAAGAUUUUACGAAAUGACAAAAUUGAGAGCGCAAUUUAAAGACUUACUUCAGGAUUGCAGUUUAUUGAAAAGUCUGCCAGAACCAAAUUCCUCUAUGACUAGUGCAGAACGUGCCAUAAGGCAUGGAGAGCUUAAACUUUUAAAAUCUCUAAAAAGAACAUAUAAACAAAGUGAACCUAGGAAACGAAAGCAAUUAAAACUAGAAUCCUUUGAUAUACAAAUAGAAGAUAAUGAUCGGAAUGAUGAAGAAAUUGACAUAAAAGAUGUUGAAUUUAGAAUGAAAAAUGAUCCAAAUCAAGUACAAAGUCUAUUAACAGCAGCUACUGCAUGCAGUUAUAAAGAUUUAACAAUGUUGAAAUUGAUACUAUGCAGUGGUUUAUAUCCACAGUUUGCGUGCGCUGAUGAAUUUAAUUAUUGUAAGUCAACAAACGAACAACUAUUUCAUACAAAAGCAAAACCAUACAUUGCCUUACAUCCAAUGAGUUUCUUUGGAAAUCAUCCCCAAACAUUACAAUUAGAAGAAGGUGAUAUUGUCUCAAUACCAGGAUUUAAAAAUAAAACACCUGUUAGUCCAAAACAUAUAAUAUUAACGUAUUUAUCCCUCUUGGAGACAACAAAACCUUACUUAGUGAAUACACUUAGAAUGCCUGCUGCACAAACAUUAUUUUUAUUUGCACGUGAAAUCGAUACAAAUAGUACGUUUUCAAGAAUAAUAUGUGAUUCCUGGUUAGAAUUAAUAUUUCCUGUACCAGAUAGUGGUCAAAUUUUAUUGAUGAAAGCUACAAAGUUACGAUACAAAUGGGAUUCUUUAUUAAAUGAACGUUUAAAAGAUUCAAGUACUAGUGAUAAUGAGAAACAAGAUUUUAGUGAAAUUGAAUACACACUUAAUCAAGAACUAAUUGAAUAUAUGCAUACCACCAUCCCAUAUACAUUAAAACGUCUUUUACCAGCUGAUCUUAAAACAAUGUAUGUGGGAAACAGUGAAAAUAACAUAUCAAUAGAUCCAAAUCCUUUUCAAUUAGAUUUUGUGGUAAUUCCUAACUCGAUUAAAGGAGGAGUUCGUGUAACAAACGUUAUUACAUAUAAUUGUGUAAGAGAAACUGAAUGGACUGAUAAGGUGUCUGUGGAAUUGCUAGAAACAGAAUGGCAUUGUCAAAAUUGUGAUAUGCAAACAAUUCUUACAAGCAUAGAAAAGUUACAACAUCAACAAUCCUGCACUACAACAGGUACAAAGGAUGUUGAGAAACAUCCUGACAUUGUUAAACGUAAACCUAAUACACAAGCAUAUGAAUGUUCUGAUUGUGCAAAAAUAUUGUACCUGACACCAAUUGAAAUACUUAAACAUAAGAAGUCGCAUGUUAAAUAA